AUGGUGGACAACAUCUUCCGUCUGGAGAUAGACAAUCACCUCUACCAUAAGUGGUGGGAUGUACCCCCCUUGGGCCCAUCUCAAACUGGAUGGGAGGCAUUAGGCGGCGUGUUUAGCAUGGGAUGGAAACUGUUGGAGCAGAAGGGAGGAGCUUGGGAGUUUCCAACAGUCACCCAGCUGCAGCUGCUUGCGGCUGGAAUCGACUCGACAUUUUUGGUAUCGGAACAAACAACGCACCUUUUCACAAACGAUGGUGGGAUGAUUCAAGGUGGUAUGGAUGGGAAGGUCUGGGGGGAACAUUCAGAAGUAGACCGUCCGCUGUAUCCUGUGGUAAUGGAAGAUUCGAUAUAUUUCGUAUCUGGACGAAUAACGGAAUGUACCACAAGGGAUGGUCGUUGGGGUCUUUUCCAGUGA